GUGUUGGUAGUCGAGGAGCAACACAACGUUGCGGUGUUGCAAGCUAUUACAAACUCGUUAUCACUGUGGACCAAAGUGACCAAAAGUAUAAGGUGGAUGAAAUGGUUGGAAAAAGUUUUUACCAGGAUAACACAAAGUUGUUUCAAGUCAUCUUACGGUCGAAAACUCCUGUUGCUUUUAUUUUCCCUCCUGGCUCGGGGAAAUCGAGCAUAGCGCAACUGUUUGAAUCGUAUGCCUCGAAGUCGAAAACUAUCGAUGAAGAUGCUAGUGAUGAAGAAAGAAUUCGGUAUGAAAACACGAAUAAAUUUUUCGACUCUUGUUGGUUCGCGUCAAAGAAGAGUGAUCUUUACACGAAAUAUCGUAGAAAUUGCCCUGUCGUGUACAUUGACUUUGGAGAUGUAAAUAUUGGCGAAAGCGCUGGGUUAUUUUAUCAGUGUUUGAGAGCUAUAAUGAUAGCGGUUCUUAAGGAACACUGCCCAGAAGAUCAUUUGUCAAGUGAACUGUUGAAUAUGCGGGAAGGCAAAGCUGUGCUCGGUUCCUUACCAAAUCUCAUUUCAUUGCUUACGACGACGGUACAUGACCAUGUUUACAUAUGUCAUCCUAGAUUCCUGCGAUGUAGUGUUUAAUCAACUGGAAAAACUUGAGAGGAAUCAGCCCCACGCAUCUUUAUCGAAGUCAUUCGCGACGUUUCUAAAACCUGCAGUUGAAAGUACCAGCGCGAAGUAUGUUUACUUUGGUGUUAAUCCAAAUUUCGUUAUCAGACACAUUGAUCCCGAAAUGGAAUUUUAUUCAAUUUAUGUUCCUGCUGUGCCACAAACAAAGAAAGCAGAGUACGAAAAAAAUAGAGAAUUGGUGCGCGAAUGUUUUUCUUAUUCGAAAGAAUCGAUUAAAAAAGCAUGCGAAUAUCUGAAAUUGGAAAAUGUCGAUGAUGUAGUGAAGCGGUGUAUUGAAGUGGCUGAAUUUUCAUUCAAUGGCUUCGAGUUAAUCAACCCUUAUUUGGCAACCGCUCAUCUUACCACUUUAAAAAGCAGAACCUCGUACUGUGUAAACAUCGCGCCAGCAAGAUCUCUCUGGCACGAAGCUAUUUAUUUCACCGAGAAAGAUAUUGAUAUUAUUGGAAAGAGCUUAACCAAUGGCACCACCGCAUUGUCUUUUCCUAUGCUAGUGUCCUGUACGGAUAUGGAUAUCUUGAAAUCGUUUACACAAGACAGAACGUUGUUUUGUGAUCUUCUUAUCUAUGGCGGAUACUUCUCCGGUGAAACCAAAAACGAAAGUGAAAACGAACAUGUGAUAUGGCCUUCGAACCGAACUACUAAACUAGUACUGGAAUAUAUGUUGGAAAAUAUUUGGAAACAGAAAUACCAGAUCGGUUUUACUAAAGCCAAAAGCAUUUUUAAUCUACUACGAGGACUUAAAUUUCAAGAAGUGUGUGAAGAAAUUGCCACUUCCCUGGCUCAUCAACCGUCCGAAAUGUCAUCACGCGAAUUCAAUUCAUUCACGAAGGAUAACCGUCAAAAGUCUGUGGGUAAUCGAAAAAAGCCUGCUGAUGACGAAUCCGAGUACAAAUCGAAGCUAAGAAAAAGGCGGUAGAAUUUAUGUUACAUAUCGUAAUCCUGUAGUUCUAAGUCGAAGAAGUUUGUCCAGUACGCCAAUUUCAACGUGCUUCUAUGUUCGAUUUGUUUGUUUUGUUAUUUUCUGUAUCCUAAGUUGUUUGUAAUUGUAAAUAUUUGUUCAUAAAAUCAUUAGAAUGGCAGAACCAAAUGAAACCAUUUACGAAGGCAAAACUUCAGUUAUGAAUGGAAAGUCCAUAUUCUAUAAGAAUACUCCUCAGAAUAAGACCGUCAAAAGACCAUUCGCCGAUCACGCAGAGAAAAACAAUUUAUUCCUAACUCAAAAUGACUCGAUUCAAUCUACCGAUGAAACUGGUAUCACUGCUGUGCUCUGAAGCUCUAUCUGCGUCCGGUUUACGAUCCUUACGAUACGCGUUAGAAGUACCAAAUGUUGGAAAAAUUCUCGCCAAUGAUUUCUCCAGAGCAGCUAUAUGAACGCGAUGAAUAAGAAUAUCAAUGAGAAUCAUGUCGACGGUAUCGUAGAAAUGGUUAUUGCAGAAGUUGAAUUUCGAGAAUAGAUCAAUACCAGCUUAACCAGCUAUCGACCUGGAUCCUUAAGGGUGUUCUACCAAGUUUCUCGAUUCAGCCAUCAACUGUAUCGCAGAUGGUGACUUUUACAGAUGACGAUGAGGCAGUACUCGCCAAUGCUUAUCCUCUUGUGUACAUUGCAAUUACAAACAACGAUUCUGUUUCAUAUCAUAUCCUUCAUUCCUUCGCAUCUGGCAUCUGAGGAUUUCGAAAGUCAGUAAAAAUGUCCACUGUGAUGUCAACCAGCUCCUUAUGGAGUCAUGAAGAACCUAUAGCAAUUCAUCUGAGAGCAGUCUUAGCAGAGAAAGAUCUCGCAUUCGACCAUCUAGAAAAUGGACAAAUCGCCUUGGCCACGCAACAAUGGGAACCUGGUCUAAAUACAACGCAUGAAGUGGAUGUAAUGCUAAACGAAUGCUAUUUCCAAGACAACACAAAACUAUUUCCAGUCAUCACAGAGUCGGAUAUUCCUGUUGCAUUCUUCUUCCCUCCUGGAUCAGGGAAAUCGAGCGUAGCGAGACUAUUCGAAUUGUAUGCUUCGAAUUCAAAAUCUGUCGUUGGUGACAAUGAGCAUAGUAAAAAAAAGAAGUAUGCAGAAAUGGAUUCAUUUUUCAAGAAGUGUCGGUUCGCAUCAGAAAGCCCUGAACUUUACAAAAAAUAUCGAAGUAAUCACGCAGUCGUCAACAUAGAUUUUAAAGACGUACAUAUUGCGCAAAAUGACGACGAGUGGUUUUUUGCGUCUUUAUGCAGUUUAAUGGAAUUGAUUUGGAAUGAAUACGCACCGGAAGAAUAUAUAUCAAGCGAACAAGAAAGAUUGGGCGAUGUUAUGGACGAAGUGGUGUCUUCGUUGCAAAGGCUCGUAUUAUAUCUUGCGCAAUCAAAUGAAAAAGUUUUCAUUUUACUGGACUCCUGCGAUGUAGUUUUCAACCUGCUCGCGAAAGUUGAGCAGAAUCGGGAGGACAAAAAUUUAUCGAAGUUAUUCCGGACAUUUUUACUAUUUGAAAAUGAAAUUCCCAAAGCGAAGCAUGUAUUUUUUGGAGUGAAUCCGUAUUUCGCUGUAAAAACCCUCGAUUGCCAGAUUGAUAUUUAUUCAAUUUGGAUGCCAUCAAAAGUACGAGAAGGAUACAUACAAUACGAGACAAAUAAAAGUUUGGUUCGUGAAUGUUUUUCUUAUUCCGAAGAAUCAAUUAAAAAAGUAUCUACGCGUCUAGAAUUGGGUGAUGUCGAUGUAAUAUUGAACCAGUGUAUCGAAGUUGCCAAAUGUUCAUUUAAUGGCUUCGAGUUGAUCAACCCCUAUUUGGCAACCGCCUAUCUUACCACUCUAAAACGCAGAACUUCGUACAGUGUAAAAAGUGGGCCAGGAUAUCUCUGGGACGAAGCUAUUUAUUUCACCGAGAAAGAUGUUGAUAUUAUUGGAAAGAGCUUAACCAAUGACACCACCGCAUUGUCGUUUCCUAUGCUAGUAUCCUGUACGGAUAUGGAUAUCUUGAAAUCGUUUACACAAGACAGAACGUUGUUUUAUGAUCUUCUUAUCUAUGGCGGAUACUUUUCCAGUGAAACCAAAAACGAAAGUGAAAACGAACAUGUGAUAUGGCCUUCGAACCAAACUACCAAACUAGUACUGGAAUACAUGAUGGAAAAUAUUUGGAAAAAGAAAUACCAGAUCGGUUUUACUAAAGCUAAAAGCAUUUUUACUCUGCUACGAGGACUUAAAUUUCAAGAAGCGUGUGAAGAAAUUGCCUCUUCCGUGGCUCAUCAACCGUCCGAAAUGUCAUCACGCGAAUCCAAUUCGUUCACUAUGGAUAACCGUCAAAAGUCUGCGGGUAAUCGAAAAAAGCCUGCUGAUGACGAAUCCGGGUACAAAUCGAAGUUAAGAAAAAGGCGGUAGAAUUGAUGUUACAUAUCCUGUGGUUCUUCUACGUCGAAGGAGUUUCUCUAGUAAUACGUCAAUUUCAACGUGCUUUUAAUUUCGCUAUGUUGUUACUUUUUCUCUGUAAUAUACCCAUAGAUUUUUGUUUUGA